GAUCCCACUGAGGAUGUGAGGAUGGAAACCUGAGGAAGGGGGUCUGAUGGAGGCGAGUAGCCAGACUGGAAUAACUCAGAAGAAGCCCAGCGUGCACUUGUGGUGUUCAUUUGAUCCAUUACUUUAGCCUUAUUGAGAAAACCCGCUGCAUGCCAUUCAGACCGUGAACUCGUUUCAAAUAUUGAAGCGCGUCUCUUCCUCGGAUCCCGUGUUUAACUUAUCUGGGAUGAUGAUUUCUGCAUAUUUGUCACCGAGCGCACGAGUGGGAGUGUGGAUUUAAAUUUCGAAGUUUGGAUCUUCUCUCACCGGGAUUUUUUAUUUUUAUUUUUUUUAAGGGGGAUGGCAGUCGUUGAUCGGGGAUGCACGCGCCUGGUUUGACACACUCUGGAUGGAUGCUGUAGACGUUAUCACUGCUGUUCCUGCAGACGAUCGCGCGUCUACUCUCACAACGUGGAUACCUGCCGCCGUUCUGACAGAUAGAUGCGUGCUCACCCGGUCGGGGUCUCGCCCGCGUGAAAAAAAUCACUCCGUGGUCUUGUCUCGAGGAAAGUUUGGGACUGAGACGCGGCGGAGGAUGUAACCAGCGCACCUUUUCGGGCUUCCCCACGGACACAGAGCUGGAGAAUGUGGAUCCGAACUGUGGAGUUCUGCUCAGGCUGGAGGGGAGAGCGGCGAAUGUACCAAUCCCUUCCCGGGACCACAGGUGUUCCCUGUAAACAGUGACUCCAAAUCCCAAAAUGCCGAGCUGUGGAUAGAGGCUGCCCUGUGGGUCGAGCUGACCUGUAUCUACCUCCCUUCACCUUCUCUCCUCAUCAUUUCCUAGUUCCUCAUCCUUCUCUUCUUCAAUCCUUCAUCCUCCCCUUAGUCUUUCUCCUUUUCUCUACCUAUCUCUAUCCUACAAUCUCCUCCUCUUCCUCCCCCCCCCCUCCCCCCCCCACAGCACACAUGCAGGCCAAGAAGCGGUACCUGCUCGUGUCUGUGGGGGCCGGUCUUCUCUUCCUCGUCUACCUGUGGGGUCUGCAAAUCGGGGAGUUCCAGCAGCAGCCAUACCAAUAUCAGCAGUUUCCCCAGUAUCCCCAAUACCACCAGUACCACCAGCAGGAAUACCAGUACCACCACCAGAGCCAGCCCCAGCCCCAGAGAAGCCCGUCCAGAUCGCCCAGACACUGGCCAGAGUCAACCCAGCUGCUAGAGCCGUACCUGGAGGGGGGAGAGCAAGAGGAGGACAGCCCUCAGCUCCAUCACCAGCACACCUCGCCCCGUGAGCGACGUGCGAUACGCGACAACAUCUACAAGAACAAGCGCUGCCGCAUGGAGACCUGCUUCGACUUCGCUCGCUGCCAGUCCGGCUUCAGGGUUUACAUCUACCCACCGCAGAGAGGGGACGAGAUCUCCGAGACCUACCAGAAGAUCCUGACGUCCAUCGAGGAAUCUCGCUUCCACACCAAGGACCCGACGCGGGCCUGUCUGUUCGUUCUGGCCGUGGACACGUUGGACAGGGACCAGCUCUCGGCUCAGUACGUCCAGAAUGUCAGGCUCCGCAUCCAGAGCCUGCCGACGUGGAACGAUGGAAGGAACCACCUCAUAUUCAACCUCUACUCGGGCACCUGGCCGGACUACACCGAGGAUCUGGGCUUUGAGGUGGGUCAGGCCAUGCUGGCCAAGGCCAGCGCGGAUGUGGUCAACUUCCGACCCAACUUUGAUAUCUCCAUCCCCCUCUUCUCCAAGGAUCACCCGCUGAAAGGAGGGGGCAUAGGUUAUCUGACGCUCAACGAUGCACCGCCCUCCAGGAAGUACCUGCUGGUUUUCAAAGGGAAGCGAUACCUAACUGGCAUCGGUUCGGAGACGAGGAAUGCUCUGUAUCACAUCCACAACGGGGAAGAUAUUAUUCUGCUGACCACAUGCAAACAUGGCAAGGACUGGGAGAAACACAAGGACUCUCGGUGCGACCGAGAUAAUGAAGAAUACUCCAAGUUUGACUACCAGGAGCUGCUUCAUAACUCCAGUUUCUGCCUGGUGCCCCGGGGCCGACGUCUUGGAUCCUUCCGCUUUCUGGAGGCACUGCAGGCGGCUUGCAUCCCGGUUAUUCUGAGCAACGGCUGGGAGCUUCCCUUCUCUGAAGUCAUCGACUGGAGGAAAGCCGCCAUCAUUGGAGAUGAGAGACUUCUGUUACAGGUUCCCUCCAUUACCCGGUCUGUGGGCCGUGACAGGAUCUUGGCUCUCCGCCAACAGACUCAGUUCCUCUGGGACGCCUACUUUUCUUCUGUAACCAAAAUCGUCUUAACUACUCUGGAGAUCAUCCAGGACCGUGUGGACUCCCAUGUGUCCAGAAACGGGUUGUUGUGGAAUUCCCUACCUGGUGGUCUCUAUGCACUCCCCAAGUACUCAACUGACCCGGUCCAGUUCCCUUUUUACUAUGCCAUCCUGGGUAAGAGCCCGGCGCAGCAGUUCACAGCUGUGAUCCAUACCGUUACUCCUCUGCAGUCCCAGAUCUCCCCCGUGGUGAAGCUCAUCAUCGCUAUAGCCAAGUCCAAGUUCUGUGCACAGAUUGUGGUUUUAUGGAAUUUCGACAAGCCUUUACCUCCUAGGAACAAGUGGCCCUCCACCAGCGUGCCUCUCACUGUCAUUGAAGGACAGACCAAGACGAUGAGCAGUCGUUUUUUCCCCCACAGCGUCAUCCUCACUGAUGCCAUUCUCAGUCUGGAUGAAGACUCGGUUCUCUCAACAAAUGAGGUGGAUUUUGCCUUUAUUGUAUGGCAAAGCUUUCCGGAGCGUAUCGUCGGUUAUCCAGCAAGAAGCCACUACUGGGACAAUUCCAGGUCCCGCUGGGGCUACACCUCCAAAUGGACCAAUGACUAUUCCAUGGUCCUUACGGGGGCAGCUUUUUACCACAGAUACUACCACUACCUGUUCACCCACUACGUCCCGGCCAGCCUGCUGACAAUGGUGGACCGCAUGGCUAAUUGUGAAGACAUCCUGAUGAACUUCCUGGUUUCAGCUGUCACCAAGCAGCCGCCAAUCAAAGUCACACAGAAGAAGCAGUACAAGGAAACCAUGAUGAGCCAGGGCUCCAAGUCAUCUCGGUGGGCCGACCCAGACCACUUCGCCCAGCGACAGACCUGCAUGAACGCCUUCAGUCGCUGGCUGGGUUUCAUGCCCCUGGUGCACUCCCAGAUGAGGCUGGACCCCGUGUUGUUCAGGGACCAAGUUUCCAUCCUGAGGAAGAAAUACAGGGACAUUGAGAGGCUGUGAUUGCGCAAGGAUACACACCAAAUCAUUGUGUGUGUUCGAGAGGUCGUGACCAGAAUGCACACACUGAAUGUGAACAUUUGUGAGGCUAUAAAGGAAAACUCACACAUGGACACUGGACAUAAAAAUGAUAAAACACGGAGGUACACACAAGGCAUUUAACUGCAUAUUUUCAUAGGAAAAAAAAACUAUGUAUGCAGGGUUGACUGUGCAAACCCGCCAUCUGUGACAAUACACAUGAAUAUGAAUGCAUGGAUACACAUGCAACAACAACCUGGACAAAUUCAAUACAGUCCUGACCACAGACAUCCAGUAUGUGUUGCAUGGUUUGAACAAGACAACUGUACAAGGACCUGAAAAACAUAUUGUGUUUGAGUAAAAGAAAAAGAGAAUCUAAGAGCUAUAUUUAUUGUCGAAGUAGGACUGUUGGCCGUAGAGGAGCAUACAAUAUAUUGUUGGACAAAUGGUUAAGAGAUUUAAUGGUUCGAGGUUGUAUUCAUAAAGUCAAAGGAUGCACGCUCUGGGGUUACGUAUGUAAAGUAAAGAUACAUUGUGGACAAAGGGGACAAACUGUAGCUUCUGGGUCGGGCCACGUGACAGCUGCUACCCCAAAACACCCGGAGACAAUGGCUCUUGUACACUACUGUAGAUUUUCAGCUGCAGCUCUUGCCUGUAUGAAGCAAAUAGAAAAAUAAAAU